AUGUCUGUUCAAAGCAUUCAUCCAAAUAAAUUCGGUGAAUUGCGAGAAAACUUCAAAUACUACAUCGAUGCAUAUAAUGCAUUGUAUCAGCUAAAAACUGAAAAUGAAGAAGAAUUAAACAAGAUUUACAAAAUGAUCAAUACAGAAUUGAUCGAUUCAAAGAAAUGA